AUGUUCGUCAUCCUGCUCGUCUUCCUGGUUUGCUACGCUCCCUUCACCAUCUUCACCAUCGUCAGGGCCAUCGUCUUGUCGGAGUAUAAGGAGGUGGAUGAUUACUCCGACCAGCUGUGGUGGGUGUGCCACUGGCUCGCCUACCUCAACUCCGCUCUCAAUCCGCUCAUCUACGGCCUCACCAACAAGGAAUUCGUGGUAGCGUGGCGCGCCUCCUGCCCCGACUGCGGCCUGUCCCGAAGGAUAUCUGUAGAUGGAAGCCUCGGAGAUCGUCACUCGUGUUCCUGCAGCAGCCGCCCUCAACACAGCCACCGCCGCGCCCACACACCUGAAGAUGGCCACCACCCCCACGCCCACACACCUGAAGAUGACCUCUCUCACCUUGAUCAAUUAGACUCUUGCUACGAGCGCCGCCCCAGAACACCAUUGGCAAUAGAGGCGUUGAGGGGCAACGGAUCACCCGCGAGAACUUCGAGAUCCAGUGGACAGAGCGAGAGAACACCUCUAAUAUAUUGGAGACGCAGCUCUCCGGUCAUCCUUAGUGGAGGAUCCUCUCUCCUUCAAGCCACACCGUCACAGGCCAGCGGAAGCCCUCGACACACACAGAACACCGACAGCCGAGACUUAGAUAUCUUCGCCACAGAAACAUCUAAGUACCCGCUAUCAUUUGUAAAUGUUUUCUGUGGACGAAGUUUUACAGAAAACGGCCAAAUGUCUACUCUUUAA